AACAACUUUAAACCUUAAAACAUUCAAAGUCGAAAAUAGACGAAACUCUACGAAACUCAGCAUUAUGGUUUAUUCGAGUAGUAAAGUCGUUCCUGCCAGUAUUCGACAAUCCAUAGAGAAUCCACUCAACCUUUCAACCAAUUCCAAGAAUACAUAUGCUCUACGUUAUUCAGUCGUGACAGCUGUCAACCAAAAAUCAUUUUCUGGAUUAAAGCAAAAUGUCGAAGAAGUUUCGAAUGCAGAUUCUGAUGGUUCCCUAGCUGAGAAUGUCAAGAAUGAAAAAACUGUCAGCUGUUUCAGAUCUGUCAAAUUCUUUAUCAUUUCCAUGAUUACAAUCCUAGUUGUCCUGUCAGCUUUAAUUAUCUCAGCAACUUGGCUGUCAAGUUUCGGUCCAGCAAUCACAUCUCUCUCAUCAACUAUUCGAAAGAAUGAAUUCGAAUCUGUUCGUUCCUAUAUCGAAAAAACAGUUCAGGAAAUUGUGCUAGUUGUCAAUACUGCCAAAAGUCAAAUUCACGAAGAUGAUUUGGAUCAUCCUGACAAGUUGGAGUUGUCAAUGUUCAAAUUUUACAAAUCAGAGUUUGAAACACAUGAUGCAUUGCCCUCUGCCAUUUUGAUUGGUAAUCAGACAGGUUCUAUUUCAAUAAUUAAUUGGGGAACUAUUCCAGCAUUUGUUGACAUUGGCACGUCCUAUCAGAAAGUAUAUUAUUGUUUGGCAGGUUUGACAGUCGACUAUUGCAAAAGAUCAGUAACUCCUAAUAUGAUCAUGCCAAGUUUUGAAUUAUCUGGAUUAUAUGCCACUGCCAAGUCAAAUCCUGACAAUUCAUUAUUUACUCCUUCCUAUAAUGUCGGUGCCGAUUUAACAUUUGUCACCAUGAUGACAUCUUGGCUUAAAUCAAAUUCCACAACUGAAAUUUCCAAAUAUUUGGCAUUUAGCAUGGAGUUAAAACGUAUCUCCAAAUUCUUGGAAGAUCUCGUUUCGAGUAUUGCAAGAUCGACAGCAUUUAUUAUAGAAACGAAAACUGAUUAUUUGAUAGCUGUCAAUAAUCGAACGAUUUCUUUGGCUUAUUUGGCAGAAAAUAAGGUGGAUGUGAUUAGAAGGACUGGGUUGACUGUUUUGUCUGAGGAGCAUAACAAGUUGGCUAAGGAAAUGUACAGAAACUAUCCAAAUUUGAAAGAAUUGAAAUGUGACACUCUUUACCAAAUUUCUACCCUUAAUGAAUACAUUACCGUAUAUAGAUUUUGUUCAAAAUAUAAUUUGGAUUGGGUCAUUGCCAUGUCCACUCCACAAUGGAAUUACAUUUCUCCAAUUAUCAUUGCUCUAUUGGCUGCUUUGGGUGGAAGUAUAGUAAUUAUCGGAGUUAGUGUUUUGGUUGGAGUUGCCUUUUCAUUCCGUAUUGUAAAACCAUUCAAGACUUUAAUGACAAUGUUUGAGAGAGUGGCCAACAUGGAUAUAGAUGCUGCUCUACAAGAUCAAGAAUCGAAAAGUUACUUUUCAGAGCUCAAUUAUGUUCAAACUCAAUUUGCAGCAAUGUUAAAAAAACUCAAAAUGUAUCGAGCUUUCAUUCCAAGUUAUUUGUUAGCAGAAUUAGAUGGACAAUCAGAUGAAACAGGGAAACAACAGCAGGCAGCUUCUUCUGCUCUCCAUCAAAGUAUAAACAGGUCCAGAAUUUUAACAAGUGGCAAUUUCAAAUCAGGUUUGUUCAGCUCGAUUGAUAUGAUCAAAUCCCAAAAAUCCAACUCUUCAAAGAAAGGUCAAAAUUCCAUGUUUUCUCUCUAUUUGGAAGGUAAACAAGUUACGUUUCUGGGGAUUUUACUAGACGGUCUGGAUCAGUGGUACAAGACAGAGGAUUGUAAAUCGGUGGUCAACUUGCUAUCUCUUGUUUAUGAGCAAAUUAAUGUUCAGAGUCGAAGCAGUGGAUUUAAUAUUGGAGCAUUUGAGAAUGAUAUUAUUAUUCUUUCGUUUAAUACAACAAAAGAUAGUCAGAAUCAUGUGGAAAAGGCGCUUUCAACUGUUAAGGUUUUACAGGAGAAAUUGCUAGCUGUGAGAAAGAAUUUGGUUUCGAACAGUUUUUCAUCUCAUUCCAGUAAGAAGAGUGAAAAGGUUUCACAUCAAUUGGCAGAAAAUUUGCAGUUCAGAUUUGCAAUUACUACCCAAAGAGUAUAUUGUGGAAAUUUGGGCACUUCAGAAAGCAAGAAUUUCUCAAUAAUUAGUUCUGCUAAAGUCAACUUGGAAAAGUUAUUGGAAACUGCGCAUCGUUUAGAUUUACAAGUAGUCAUUCCAGAGAGGAUAUUCGAAACUGCAAGUAAGACAUAUCAGACCAGAUUUGUCGAUAUGAAAAUGUUAGCUGCUGAUCAAUUUUAUCAAAAUUCCAUUUUUGUAAAAACUGAUUCCUUAAUUGAUAUUCAUAGUAUUGAAGAUAGCGUAAUUACCAAUGAUAUUGCUGGUCAGGAGGCUAUUUAUGAAUUGGGAUCGAGUAAUAAGGUCUCGGAAGAUGAAUGGAUGUAUGAAUUGCAACAAAAGAAUCAAUUAUUGAAAUGGAAAAAGUAUCAAGAUGCUUGCCUCGAAUACUUUUCAGAACAUUAUGAAAAUGCCUUGAAAUUAUUCGAAGAAUUCAUGGCCGAAAGCUCAAAUAAGGAAACAGCUGAAUCUCUCAAAGAUUCUGCCAAUGCUCCUCAAUUAGAACCACCACUCGAUCGACCAGCUCUCAUGUUAGUUGCUAAUUCUGGUAUGGUUCCUCAUAAUGCUAUCACUGGUUUCCAAAAUGAUGGUGCUGGUGUUGUUUAUGUAGCUGUUGCCCACUCACAAUGGGGUAACAUUCCAGGAAAGGCCAAUGCCAGUGGAACUGCUUGGUUCCCAUAUGGUGGACAAGAACAAGUCACUAAUAAUUUCUCCUAUGUCGUAAAUGGUACUACUUACAAGCAUAGUGGUGACUCUCCAGCUCAAUCAGUUGCCACUGGUUAUCAAAAUGAUGGUGCUGGUACUUUGUGGAGCGCUAUUGCACAUACUUCUCAUGGUGAUAUUCCAGGAAAGGCCAAGGGUAACACUUGUUGGUAUCCUUAUGGCGGUAAGGAAGAAACUACUCAAAACUUUUCCUAUGUUUUCCACUUUUAA